AUGUCAGAUGAAGGCCUGGAGGCCUACGUGUACAAUCAUGCGCUCCAUUCCAACGAGGAUGCCGAUGUACCCAAGGAAGACCGUGCUCAGGGGUAUGGCCAAUAUAGUGCAUUUGCCACCACUGAGCACCCGAGCUAUCCGCCGCACUUUUGGGAGACGAACCAGAGUCCAAUCAUCGAUCUUUCCAGAAGGAUGAAUGCGGCGCAACCGCUGAGCCAGAUUCAAGCGGACGAGGCUCUGUCGUUGGCCGAUCCACCUAGGGAUUUCCCCCCUCUGGAUAUAUCCAGUGCUGAUUCAGCAUCUUUGGUGCCCCAGGAUAAUGACGAACUCAGUACGGAGACGUGCAAGCCGACACUUCAACCAAUCUCGACCCCGCAUGAUGGGGAUACAGACCAGGAUGAUGUCUAUGAGCAAGGCCUUUGCGGAGGAAGUAAUCGAAGCCCUUACUCUAGGGAAGCCGAGGACGAGCCGUGGGUCACCGUUUCCAGUUCUUUCAGCCACAGCGGGAUGGCCAGAUCAAGUGAACCUCGGACCUGUCCCAGUGCAUCCUCAGGAGUUGCUUUCAAGACCGACGGACAAUCGGAAUGCGCCCUGGAAGCAGAUGACAAGGCUGAUGCCCCUCAUGAGCCUGAUGGUCACGAUCAUGCUAAAUCAACGCCCGCAGCCGUGGACCCGAAAAACCAAGCAGCGCUGAAGCAAUUCCUUGACAGCCUCGAAAGCGGUGUCCUCGAGUCACUUGGAUACAAGAAGGAAACUCCACAGGAAUUCGAGGAUUCGAAAGCGAAAUCCAGUUCUGUAUCAGGUCCAGGGCACGGUUAUGCAUGCUCGGAGCCCCAAUGUACUAAGAAAUUCGCCCGAAAGUGCGAAUUGAAGAAACACGAGAAGAGGCACGAGAAACCAUACGGCUGCACCUUCCAGGGCUGCACCAAGAAGUUUGGCAGCAAGAAUGAUUGGAAGCGCCACGAGAACAGUCAACACUUCAUGUUGGAGAUGUGGAAAUGUGAUGAGAAGCAUGAUAGACUGGUCGAGCCAUGUGGGAAAGUCAGCCACCGGCGCGAACUGUUCAGGGGCCAUCUCAGCAAAGAGCAUCACAUCAAUGACCCAAAUGUCCUGGAUGUCAAGCUUGAGACCUGUCGCGUUGGCCGAAACUGCGAAGCUCGUUUUUGGUGCGGGUUCUGCCAGAAGAUCAUUGCGAUCACCCAGAAAGGACUUCAGGCUUGGGCUGAACGAUUUAACCAUAUCGAUGACCACUUCUCGGGCCGCAACAACCAAGCGCAGAGAGAGAUCAGCGAGUGGAAGAACGUAGACCCUGCCAACCCGCGAGUGGAAUCGGUUGAUUCGGAUGAUUCCAGCGAUGUCUCCUCCCCUCCGCCACCGCCCGCAACCAUUACCAAUGUUCGCUACUCUGCGAAAGACGAGAGGCCGCGUCUUCACUCGUCGAAGUCGAAACGGAAAAGAGAGGACGGUUCUGCCCACAGCACCUCGAAGAGGGCCAAAGCUGCGCGCCGAUAUUACUGCGUAAGGAAGUUUCCCACCGCUGUUGGAUACGAUCUAACGACUUAUCCAGUGUCAAUGUCAUGA